GCGAGCUCAGCCGCUCCCCGCGGCCUCCGGAGCCCCAGGGCCGUGGCGGUGGCGGUGGUAGCGGCAGCAGCGGAAGCCUGGGUCCCGCACUCCACCCGCGCCCCGGGCCUGGUGGGCGGAACGUCGGUCUCAGUCAGGAAAUCCUUUUGUGCUAUUGGUCAUUCAUACUUGUUCAUCAAGGCCAUUGAGUCCUCAAGGGCAGAAUUUACUGCUAAACCGAAAAAUGGAAACUAAAGUACCUUUAUUCUGCCAGGCAGAAGAAAAUAUCAGUUUAUCAGAUCAUGGCUGUAAUUCAUUUGCAGCCAACGUGUCAUCAAGACAUACUGAUAACAAGAAAGACGUCAAGUUUUCUAAAGCAACGCAGAAGAGAAUUUCGCAUGAAAUUAGGGAUUUGAGACUAGAACACAAAAAAAUGAAUGCAACAUCAGUAUUCCUGUGUGGAGAAGAAAAAUUCUCUGAUUUUUCAGGAGAAGAAAAUGUCAAGAGAGAGAAAACUUUACAAGGACAAUUGCAUACUAAAAGGACUGAGAUUGCCUCUUCCUCAGUGAAGCUGUCAAAGGAGAAGAUGACUAGGAAAGAAAACUCUUUAUUCAAGUUGCCGAAUCAGUACAGCGUUCAGAAGAUUUUACCACCCCUUUGUACAUCUUCCUCAAUUAUUCGGAAAAGGGAAAUGAUUUCUAGACUCUACAAGACAUUAUAUAAUGAAGAACCUCAAAGAAACUUAUACUCACAAGAAUUAAGUGCACUUCAGAAGGCCUGUAAAAUUUUCAGCAAAAUCCAGAGUGGUAAGAUUUAUGUGAAUGAUCUGCCAACGAUCCAUCACACGUUGAAGAUAUUUAUAAGUGACUCAGAAAUGCAAAAAGCUCUAAAGACUAUUGAUAUCGAUGCAUUCCAGAAUGCCUUGAAGAUUUUCUGUAGGAUAAAAAGUGGUCGAGUUGCCACUGAUGAGCUGGCUGCUGUUUUGGAUAGCAUGGAUAUCCCUGUAAUCCCUGAAACUUUUCAGGAAGUGAUAAAACAUGCUAGUAUAGACAGUAACCACAGGGUGGAUAUUAGAGAUAUUAUAUUUACUUUGGAUGAACUACAGCACCAGUAUGAGGGUUUUUCAAUUAUGGAAUGGUCAGCCUUGGAUGAAUCUACUUCUAACAGAAGGUUAUCAAAUAUUUCAGAAUGCUAUCUACAAUAUAGGAAGAAAAGUACUUUAUCUUCCAGACUGUUUGAACCAUCAUUAUUCCCAAAUUUAAAUGGAAAAAACCUCCAAUAUCAUAAAAUUAUGGAGGAUAAUGAUUACCUUGAAUAUAAAAGGUUAAAAAAUCCUUUGCAAAUAAAAAAAUUCCCAAGUGGGUUUGCUAGCAGCAAUAUAGGACUCCAGGAACCAUAUUCAAAGGACGGCAUAAACUCUAAGAAACGUUCAGAGAAGAUUGAAAUUCAUGACUCAAAGUCUAUACCGCAUAACUUGAAGAGGAUUACAAGCCUCAAAAAGUCUCUGGAUAAAAGUGAUACUUUUAGGAUCCCCAGACUUCAGAAGCCAGAUGUGAGAAGGCAUUCCAGCCCCCUAAAACAGGUUUCAUCAAAGGAAAAAACUGCAGUGAAUGCUCUGGAAAACAUCUGUGAAGCUAUCCAUAAACUCCAAGAAAAUUACAUUGCUGCGGAAGAACUUCAGUCCGUUUUGCCUUCACUAGGAAUUACUUUAUCAGACAAAGAGCUCAAGAAGAUUGUGACAGAUACUACUCAAAAUGAAAGUGGAAUGGUGAACUUAGAUGACUUCAUGAAUGUUCUCUCCAUGGAGCAAAGUCCUCCUGAAUAUGAUGAGUUGACUGAUGUCAUUAAAGCCAUUGAUAAAAUUAAAAAUGAAAAUAUGGAUUUGGAGGAUCUGAAUACUUGUCUUCAGGAUUUUGGAGUUUACCUUUCUAAGCCAGAAUUUGAGAAGAUCACAGAGUUGACUGAAGCUAAUGAAACAAAAAAGGCGAAUUUUAAGGAAUUUGUUGAUACAAUGUUGACCAAUACAGAACGCUUCUCUGAAAAAUUAUUAUUGCCUGAUACUCUUGAAAACCUCCACAAUUUAAGCAAAGAGAAGAUGAAUGUUUCUCACCUGUGGAACACUCUGUCUGGGAUGAAUAGUAACUUGAAAAUAAAAGAAUUCCGAAGUGCACUGAAAUUAGCAACAGUUGAUGAAGGUGAUGAAGUGCAAAUAGAAGAAUUUGGAAAAGUGGUAAAGGAUAUGCGUGAUGCCUCCAGGUUAAAAGAGUUAAAGAACAUUGUCUUAGCCCUUGAUGCGCUUGAAGGUGACAUGAUACCUGGGAAGAACUUGGAGAGCUUUCUAGGAAAUAUUGGGAUUAAGUCACCUGAAGAGGAGGUAGAGAAAAUUCUUCAAUCAGAUUUUGUUUCUGAUGACAACAUGGUGAAUGUUAAAGACUGUAUGAAGGUUUUGAAGGACAACCAGAAAUUUUCCAAUUUUAUUGAUUUUAAGAAAGCGGCUUUGUCUUCCAAUCUGAGAUUACCAAAAGCAGAUGAGAUUGAAGAAGCUACUCAUAUCUUGUCAAGUGUUGAUAAUGGCAGGAUUGAUAUACCUAGCUUGGAGCAUGCCCUGGAAAGUUUGAAUGUCAGUUUGACUGAGAAGGACAUCAGUGAAGCCCUCCAGUGUUGCGACAUCAAUGAUAAUAAUGAAGUGAAUUUAAAAGAUUUCUUUGAAAGAAUUAAAGAAAGUCUAUUUUUCAAAGAGUCCAUAGCUACACAGCUACUCUUAGCUACUACCCAAAUUCUCCAGAAUGAUCUAAUUGAUGCCUCUGACCUUGAAGAAUUUUUGAUAAACAAUGACUUUCAUGCAGCUAAUGUUUUACUUAAUGAAGUAUUAAGACAUGAACCUGAACAUGAAAAUGGCAAGAUUACCAUUCAAGAAUUUUUAACUAAGUUCUGCAAUACAUUAAGAGUUCCUAAAGACACAGGAGAUAAAAACCAAUUUUACAACAUCAACAUUCACAAAAAUGAACUUACAGCCAUUCCUGACCUUAAGCAAAAUUUAAAUCCCAUUGGAAUCUGUCUAACAGAUGAUAAAAUAAAGGAGGCUUUGGAUAAUACUAAUCCUAAUGAUGAAGUGGUGAACUUUAAGGAUUUUAUCAGAACAUUGACCCAAACUGAUGAAUUUAUCGAGUGCCAAAAAAUAGAAGAUGCAUCCAACAUUGUUAAUAGUGUCUUUGAUGGGAAAGUUGAUCUUAAAGACCUUUUAUCUGCCUUGGAGAACCUGGAGAAACCUUUAAGUGAAGAAAAACCUGAGGCGUCACUGAACUCUGCAACAGAUGAAAAUAACAAGAUCGUAAAAGAUAUUAUUGAUGUUUUCACUAAUUCAUCUAAACCAUCAACACCAUUCAACAAUUUAUUUAAAGAGAUUACAACUCUUGAUAAGAUCAGAAAUGAUAAGAUGCCUGCAAAUGAACUGAGCUUCCAACUCUUGAGUACGGGAAUUCCACUGACCAAUAAGACAUUCCAGGAGAUUCUGGGUCAAGCAUCUACUGAUGAAAAUAGUGAAGUAAGUCUCAAACAAAUUUUGGAGUCUUUGAACACAAAAAAGCCAGUUCCUCAAUUUGAAGAUUUAUCUACUGCCCUCCAGGCUGUCAACUUGAUGGACUCCAACAAAAUUCAAAUUAAUAACUUGCAAGAUGCUUUUGAUGACCUCAGUGUUUCUGUAAAGCCUGAAGAACACCAGAUGUUAGAGAAAACGCUUGAUGUUGAUGAAAAGGGAGAGGUUUCCCUAAAGACUGCCCUUUUGGCACUGAAGAGCAAUAAGCGUUUGCAAGAUUUUAGAGAGGUUAAGGAACUUGCAAAUGCCUUAAACAAAGUCACCAAUGAAAAAGUUGAUGUUGAUGAAGUAAAAUCUAUAUUGAAAGGCCUGGGGAUUUAUUGCCCAAAGGAAGAAUUACAGGAGGUACUUACAUCUAUUCCUCUUGAUAAUGAGGGGAAAGUGGACUUAAAAGAUUGUCUGACCCAGUUAAAGAAAAUGCCAUAUUUUACAAAAGAUUCAAAAAAAGAAGGCCCCCUGAAAACUCUGGCUGCCAUUAGGAAAAUUAUGGUCACUCCUGAAGAACUAGGCUCCAUUAUGAAAAAUAUAGGAGUUCCAUUACCUGAAGAUGUGCUUGAAAGAUUACUACAGAAUAUAACUCUCACAGAGGAUGGGAAAGUGAAUUUAGAACAGUUUAUGAGCAAUUUAAUCAAUUCAGGAUUUUCACCUCUACCUGAAAGAAGUAGGGUUGAUGACAGCAACCUAGAUACUUUUCCAGGAAACAUGAGGAUGGAGAUGUCAGGAGAAAUGGUAGCUAUCAGAGACCUGAAUGAGGUACUAAGGAACAUGGGCAUUGAACUCACCAAAGAAGAAGAUGGAGAGCUAAGAAGAAAACUUCCAGUUGAUGCUAAAGGGGAGACUGAUCUGAAAACACUGGUGGAUACAGUACAAGAUAUUAGAGGAGAAGCUGACUUCAGUGAGCUGGAUAAUGUCCUGCAAAAAAUGGGUAUAAAGCCCUCACCUAAAGGACACUUGCAGCCAGAGAAGUCACUUCCAGUUAAUGCUAGUAGAAACAUGUAUAAGAAUAAGUUGCUGACUUCUCCAGAAGAUAUAAAAGGAUUGCAGGUUGAUGACCAUGACCUUGACUCUAUUCUUGAAAACAUGGCAGUCAGUCUUCCAGCUGAGGAACUUAAUGAUCUUACUCUAACUCCACCAGUUGAUGCAAAUGGGAAGUUUGGUGUCAAUAUCUUAACAGAUGGAAUGGAUGGAGUAAAAGCUAUUACAGGAAAGGUUGAUAUAAAUGACAUGAAAAAAGUUCCAGGAAUCGUGGGGAGAGAACUCAAAGAUAAGGAAUAUGAGGUGUUGGUGAAUAAUCUGCCAAUCGAUGGAGGGAAGGUUAAUGUGAGUAAUUUGGACAGCAUUCUGGGGGAAAUGAGGAUUAAGCUCCCACAAAAGGAAUGGGAAAAACUGACAGAAAACCUGCUACUUAAUGGAGGAGAAGUUAAUGUCAGCGAUAUUGAAAGUAUUCUGGAAAAAUCUGGGAUAGAGCUCACAGACAAGGAGUGCUUAGAACUAAAGAAGUAUCUGCCAGUUGAUGCUGUUGGAAAGGUGUACCAAAAUAGGGUGAUGGAUGGUUUGAAAACUCUUAAAGGAGGGAUUGUUGAUGGUGCCAAACUAGACACUGCUUUGCAAAGCAUGGGAAUGAAACUCACAGGAAUGGAAAGUAAUGAUUUGAUAAAGAACCUACCUGUUGAUGAUAAUGGGAAGAUUAAAAUGAAAAAGUUAAUGGACGCAUUGAAUGCUUUUUCUGGAAAAAAGAUUGAUGCCAAUGACCUACUAGAAGUUCUGCGAAACAUGGGGAUUGAGCUCACCAAGGAGGAAUUUGUGAAGCUGAAACAAAUUGUGUCAAUUGACGCUGCUGGAAAGGUGUAUCAGAACAGAUUGUUGGAUGGGGUGAAGUCAUUAAAAGCCCAGUUAGCAAGAACAGCAGCAACAACAAAUGUAGAAAAGAAGCAUGGCAUUGUGGCCGAGAUACGUUUUUACUUCCUCUUCCUAUCGGUCCUUGGAAAAAGAGGAGAUUUGCUGCGCUAA